UGUGUGUGUGUGUGCGUUAGUUCCCGAUUCGGCCACCGUGGGCAGACAGAGAGACACACACUCUCACAAAACUCUCCUUUAUGGCAGAACGAGAGGCAGUGAGAGGGAGAGAGUGAGAGGGAGAGUGUGUGAGAGGUGAAAUAGUGUGAGGGUGGAGGAAAACUUGUAGGAACUGGAGAGAAAACUGAGGAAAACGAAGGAAAUCAAGAGCAAUGGCCUUCCCUGCAAGCCACACCACCACCACAGCGCCACCGCAAGAGGGCACCCCAGAGAAGAAAAUUUAUAUCAACACAGCACAUCUCAAAAUAUACGAAGGAAAGCUCAAGAUUGCCCAUUUGAUAAUAGCUGUGGUAGUGUUCGUCUCAGUAAUGGCAAGCGAUUUUCCGCGAAGCAGUCCCGCUAACUGGAUCUCCUUCGUGUCAAUGGGCGCGUUUUGGACCAGCGCUGUUAUGCUGUUCCUCCACUGCAUUAACGCUGUGACGCUGCUGUCUGUGGUGCCGUGGGGCCUGCUGGAACUUGGCUACACAUGCCUUUGGACGUUCUUCUGGUUUGUGUCCGGCUGUGUGGCGGCAGACUACGCUAGCCAAGGAGCGGGGGAUGCCUUCGCUGUGUGCUCCUUCUUCAGUUUCGUGGGGAUGAUAAUAUUUGGAUUCAACGCUUUCAUUUAUUACAAGAAGCAUCGAGAGGGCGCCCUGUCCUCCGCGCCACCACCUCGCACCACCACCACCACCACCGCCACGCCCACCACGCCCUCCCAGCCGCCCCCCCACGCAGACCCAGUGCCGAAAUAUUAACAAGGAUUAUUUAAGUUCGUUUAUUUUAUUUUUUUUUAUUAUUUUUUUUCCAUUUUUUCGUUAUUUGUUUAUUUUAUUUAUUUAUUUAUUUUUUUUAUUUAUGUCAAAUGCGCGCCACCACCACCACCACCACCUCCUCCCAGUGCCUAAAUAUUUAAAAGAAUGAUUUAAGUUCGUUCAUUUUAUUCUUUAUUAUUUUAUUUUCCAUUUUUCAUUAUUUAUUUAUUUAUUUUUAUUAUUAUUAUUAUUAUGUUUUAUUUAUUUAUUUAUGUCAAAUGCGCGCUACCACCACCACCACCACCACCACCAUCUCCCACCUCCCCUCCCAGUGCCUAAAUAUUAAAUGAGUGACUAUUUAAAUUUUUUUUUUCAUUAUUAUUAUUAUUAUUAUUAUUAUUAUUAUUAUUAUUACAUUUUUCAGGGAAUUUAUUGUAUUAUUUGCAUUUAUUUACAUAUUGUCUUUGUUAUCGUUAUUAUUAUUAUUAUUAUUAUUAUUAUUAUUAUUAUUAUUAUUGGUGUUUGUGGUUGUGAUUAUUUUAUCCCUAGAAAUAAUAAUAAUAAUAAUAAUAAUAAUAAUAGUAAUAGUAAUAGUAAUUGACAGCUAAGCCAAACAGUUACAAUAUACAGAUUACAUAAUUAUAUAGAGCAAUUUACAUACAUUCCUAAAUAAUUAAGUAUUUUUCUGCUUGUAUUUAAUAGAAAGUAGUUAUUUUUGUAUGUAUAUUUGUAAUGUUGUCAAAUAAUAUAUAUGAAUAAGCUAAAGGAACCAACUUUGGGGAACACAUCUUUUGAAAAUCUCAUUCGUUGUUCCUUUAAAUAAUUCUCUUUUUUUCAGAUUACAUUAAUUAUUUUCUAUUCACUUCGUUUUCUAAAUAUGCAAAAAAAAAAAAAAGUAAUUAUUAUUUUUCUUGCUUGUAUUAAAAAGAGUUAUUUUAUUCAUAUUAUUAACAUUUUGGUAAGAUCUAUACUGAAGUCAAUGGUUUUAAUAUAUUCUAAUUAUUUUUCUAUAUAUUUGUAAUCUAUUUUAAUAAUAUAUAUAAUUAACCUAAAGGAACCAACUUUGGGGAACACAUCUCUUGCAAACCUGAUGCGUUGUUCCUUUAAGUAAUUCUCCUUAUUCAGAUUACAUUAAUUAUUUUUCUAUUCACUUCCAUAGUUUUCUAAAUAUGCCAAAAAAACAAAGAUAAUAUUUUUCUUGCUUGUAUUAAAAAGAUAGAUAUUUUAUUAAUGAAAUUGUUAACAUAUUGAUGACAUCUCUACAAAACUGAGUGGUUUGUCCAUGCGUGUAUUAAAAUAUUCACAUAA